AUGUUGAUUUUGUUUUUGGACAGUGAAAACUUUCUUUAAGAUCGAUAGGACUGACAUAAGAAGCCAGACGGUAUUGUACACGUGCGAUCAUACUUUACGUCACAUGACAGAGGGCCUUGGUAACCAACCAGACGUUGUCAACACAGCUAGACAGUAAAUAUUGGUGAGAAUCGUCGCAAUCCGUCAUCACAGCGUCAGUUGUCACAGUCUUCACAGUUCUCCUUCCAUCAUGAGAGAAAUCGUCCACCUGCAAGCUGGCCAAUGCGGCAACCAGAUCGGUGCUAAGUUCUGGGAAGUCAUCUCAGACGAGCACGGUAUCGAUCCGACCGGAACCUAUCACGGCGACUCCGAUCUCCAACUAGAGAGAAUCAACGUUUACUACAACGAGGCCACAGGAGGGAAAUAUGUUCCACGUGCCGUACUGGUGGAUCUGGAACCAGGAACCAUGGAUUCCGUCCGCUCCGGUCCAUUUGGUCAGCUUUUCAGACCAGAUAACUUCGUGUUCGGUCAGAGCGGUGCCGGUAACAACUGGGCCAAGGGCCACUACACCGAAGGGGCCGAACUGGUCGACUCCGUUCUGGACGUGGUGAGGAAGGAGGCAGAAGGUUGUGACUGUUUGCAGGGGUUCCAACUGACACACUCCCUAGGUGGGGGUACUGGGUCUGGAAUGGGUACCCUCCUUAUCAGCAAGAUCCGAGAGGAGUACCCUGACAGAAUCAUGAACACAUUCUCAGUUGUUCCGUCACCAAAGGUAUCCGACACGGUUGUGGAGCCGUACAACGCCACUCUGUCUGUCCAUCAGUUGGUAGAGAACACAGACGAAACGUACUGUAUCGACAACGAGGCUCUCUACGACAUUUGCUUCCGAACCCUGAAGCUGACCACCCCAACAUACGGGGACUUGAACCAUCUUCUCUCGGCUACAAUGUCAGGUGUGACCACCUGUCUGCGAUUCCCUGGUCAACUCAACGCUGACCUCCGUAAACUGGCUGUCAACAUGGUACCCUUCCCCCGUCUCCACUUCUUCAUGCCCGGAUUUGCCCCUCUCACUUCCAGGGGUAGCCAGCAGUACAGAGCCCUCACUGUCCCAGAACUCACCCAGCAGAUGUUUGACGCCAAAAACAUGAUGGCCGCCUGUGAUCCCCGUCAUGGCCGCUAUCUGACCGUGGCCGCUAUGUUCCGUGGUCGUAUGUCCAUGAAGGAAGUUGACGAACAGAUGUUGAAUGUACAGAACAAGAACAGCAGCUACUUUGUGGAAUGGAUCCCCAACAACGUCAAGACCGCCGUCUGUGACAUUCCACCUCGUGGUCUGAAGAUGUCCGCCACAUUCCUUGGCAACAGCACGGCCAUCCAAGAGCUGUUCAAAAGAAUCUCCGAGCAAUUCACCGCCAUGUUCCGUCGUAAGGCUUUCCUUCAUUGGUACACCGGUGAGGGUAUGGACGAGAUGGAGUUCACUGAAGCUGAGUCAAACAUGAACGACUUGGUGUCCGAGUACCAGCAGUACCAAGAUGCCACAGCCGAGGAGGAGGGCGAGUUUGACGAAGAGCAGGGCGAAGGAGAGACAGACGCUUAAACAACGAUAAGAAACGACAAAAGAAAGUCAAACUAAUACUGAACACUAGAAAUUCAAGAAGAACGAAGUUUGAAACACUAAAUCUCAUUUGUCAAAGCCUAAAACGUGAAGUCGCCAUAUUUUUGUAUUGCUUUGUUGUUUGUUUGUUUUUUUUAAUUAUUGUAAUGUUUUUUUGUUUAUAUUUAUUUAACAAAUCAACCGUUUUGUGUGGUGCAGCAACCCGGAUUACAGAAGUCUAACAUUUCAUUGAUAUAAGUAAAUAUUUUGUUGAUCUGACUAACGUUCGCCUAAUUUAACGACAAAAAUGUUUUCCUCGUUUGUGUCAUCAAGCUUGUUAUUGGAUUAAAACACAAAUCACUAAUUUUUUAACCUCUGAAGAC